CAUUACACACAAGCACACACACGUCCAUUCACACACGUAUACGCAAAAACUAUGUGGAGUUCAUCGUCGUCGCUCUGUCGGAAUCCCUCGUUUCGUCGUGCGUGGUUGUCGACCGUCACGGUCACGCAAACCGCAGCGCCCACUUCGUCGCGAUUGGCUGCCCUACGGACGCAACUCGCUACGGAAGAGGCGUCGAUUGACGAUUUUUCAUCCACCAACGCACCAACAACAACCACACACUACACGAGCAGCAACGGCAGUCCGAUUGUGCGACAAAAGGCGGCACCACGGAGUGCCAAGAUUCUGCCCAAACCACGUUGGCUCAAAGCCGCACCAGCCACGUCGGACAAUUACCGCAAACUGCGGGACACGGUCCGCGAAUUGGGACUCGCCACGGUCUGUGAAGAAGCGCGUUGUCCCAACAUUGGCGAGUGCUGGGGCGGCGGGGAGGACCAAACCGCCACGGCCACCAUUAUGAUCAUGGGAGAUACCUGUACCCGGGGAUGUCGCUUCUGCAGUGUCAAAACCUCGCGAGCACCACCCCCGCUAGAUCCGCAUGAACCGGAAAAGGUUGCUACCGCCAUAGCCCAGUGGGGACUCGAUUACGUCGUACUCACUUCCGUCGAUCGGGAUGAUCUGCCUGAUCAAGGCGCCGACCAUUUUCGACAAGUUGUCACGCAACUCAAGUUGAAGAAACCGUCACUCCUCGUGGAAGCAUUGACUCCGGACUUUCAGGGCAAUAUGGAUCUUGUACACGCCGUGGCCACGUCCGGGUUGGACGUGUACGCGCACAAUAUGGAAACCGUCGAAGCCUUGACACCCAAGGUGCGUGAUCGACGCGCCACCUACCGACAAAGCCUCGAAGUACUCCGGUACGUCAAGACUAUUCAGUCCGACCCGAUCGGUACCACCAACAACCACAACAACAACAAUGGUUGCCUCACCAAAACAUCCCUCAUGCUGGGACUCGGCGAAACGGAUGACCAAGUGCUCACCACCCUCCGUGAUUUACGCGACGCCGACGUGGACGUGGUCACCUUUGGACAGUACCUGCAACCCACCAAAAAGCACUUGCCCGUACAGGAGUACGUUACGCCGGAAAAAUUCGAUUUCUGGCAGGAAACCGCCAUGGGUAUGGGAUUCGCCUACGUUGCAUCGGGACCGCUCGUGCGCUCCAGUUACAAGGCCGGUGAACUAUUUCUCCAAAAGUACAUUGCCCAAAAGAAGCAACGCAACGCCGAGGUUGCCGCGGCGUAA